CCCGACUCGAGCCGCAGUCAUGGGAAACACCACCAGCGAACGGGUGUCCGGGGAGCGCCACGGCGCCAAGGCAGCGCGCGCCGAGGGUGCCGGUGGCCAUGCCCCGGGCAAGGAGCACAAGAUCAUGGUGGGGAGCAUUGAUGACCCCAGCGUCUUCAGCCUGCCGGACUCCAAGAUCCCUGGGGACAAAGAGUUUGUAUCAUGGCAGCAAGAUUUGGAGGACGCAUUAAAGCCCACACAGCAAGCCCGACCCACUGUUAUCCGCUGGUCUGAAGGAGGCAAGGAAGUCUUCAUCUCUGGGUCUUUCAACAAUUGGAGCACCAAGAUUCCACUGAUUAAGAGCCAUAAUGAUUUUGUUGCCAUCCUGGACCUUCCUGAGGGAGAGCACCAGUAUAAGUUCUUUGUGGAUGGACAGUGGGUUCAUGACCCAUCAGAGCCUGUGGUUACCAGUCAGCUUGGCACAAUUAAUAAUUUGAUCCAUGUCAAGAAAUCGGAUUUUGAGGUGUUUGAUGCUUUAAAGCUAGAUUCUAUGGAAAGCUCAGAGACAUCUUGCCGAGAUCUUUCCAGCUCACCCCCAGGGCCUUAUGGUCAAGAAAUGUAUGUGUUUCGAUCUGAGGAGAGAUUCAAAUCCCCACCCAUCCUUCCUCCUCACCUUCUCCAAGUUAUUCUUAACAAGGACACUAACAUUUCUUGUGACCCAGCCUUGCUACCUGAGCCAAACCAUGUUAUGCUGAACCAUCUCUAUGCAUUGUCUAUUAAGGACAGUGUGAUGGUCCUUAGUGCAACUCAUCGCUACAAGAAGAAGUAUGUCACUACUCUGCUAUACAAGCCUAUCUGAAGGGAUCCUUUCCUGUCUCCCAGGAUUCCAGAGAAGCUGUUUUCUGGACUAAGCCAGUCUUAACCUGAGACUGGGGAGCCAAUUUGCUUUGAGGCCAAUAUGUGUGUUUCAGAGCUUCUGAGUAGGAUGCUCUGCUUUUGCAUUUGAUUGCAGAUGAGAGCUUUAUAAGUCGUGGAAUUUAUUUUAAGAAAAAAAAAAAAAAAAACAUAUAUAUGAGAAUAAGGUUACUGGAAGCCUCCUAGCCCCAGCUAGAUGUAUUCUCUCUGCCAGUGGGCACUCACCAGGAUAUGUUUGGGGAGACUGUGGGAAGGACCCUACAGGAAGCUUUCUUCCUGAAAUGAAGGAACAGCAAAUUCUCAGGAUUCUUGGUGGGUGGAGAUUCUAUACCUGCUACCUUGGGUCUCAAGGGAUGGAUCCUUCCAGACUGCUGCCCUACUCACAGCUGCCUCACUGCA